AUGAAACCAACUAAAAAGAAUGAUGUCGGUAAUACUGCUUUACAAAAAUCAGAACACGAUAUAUUUGCACCAAAGUCACCAUCAAAGACAUCUUUCUUUGGCAGACAGUUGUUUGGUGGAAGUGGUGCUGUCGGUGGCUCUGGAAUGAGUGGACUCUCCACCUCACCGAGAAUCUCAUCGCAACUUGCCAUCAGCAGUGCUAUCAACUUCCCAAGUGAAGCGAUGACCCCAACAACAACGACAACAACCACCAAUACCAAUGCUAAUGCUAAUAACAGUAAUACAGGAAGAUUAGUAUUUGGUAGUGGAUACAGUGGUACUGCCAGUAGUGUUGGUAGCGGUGGUAAUACAACAUAUCAACAACAACAACAACAACCAGUAACACCACCUUCAUUUACAUUAACACCACCGACACCAUCCUCUUCAUAUACAUCAUCUUCACAUCAUUCCUAUUCAUCACCAAAUCAUAAUAAUAAUUAUCCGACGACUACAACAACAACAACUACUACUACAACUACAACAACUACUUCUUCACAACAACAACAACAACAACAACAACAACAAUCGACUCCUACAAAUAUAAAUAUAAAUGACAAUAGUAAUAAUAGCAAUAGUAAUAGUAAUACAAAUUAUUCACAUUCACCAUUUAGAAAUUCACCACCUUUGAUAUCGGCAUUCCACGAUCUUAGAAGAUAUGAUAGAGAGAAUGAGGAUGUCAUUAAUAAGAUGUUGGAGAGAGAGUUGAUGGAGCAAGAGGAUCGUGAGAUGGCCAGAAAGAUGCAAGAGGAACUAGCAAGAAAUUUCGAGCAAUCCACACACAUCUAUCAGGAGGAAGAGGAAGAGGAGAUCGACAUGUCCUACGAAGCACUCUCGAAACUGGAACCAGUCAAACUCGGUGCAACCGAAUCACAAAAGAAGAAAAUCAAACAAGUCAAAUAUAAACAUAAACAUAAUAAUGAUGCUGACGAACAUAGAUGCACCAUUUGUCUGGAGGAUUUCGAAGAGAAUAUAAUUGUAAAAGAACUGGCUGGUUGUGACCAUCAAUUCCAUCCGGAUUGUAUUGAUAGAUGGUUGACUGAACACAAGAAAUGUCCAUACUGUAGAUUAGAAUUACCAUCAUAA